GUCAUUUUCUCCGAGUCGAGUGAACGUUUGAGUGGGGAAGAAAUUCCAUUUUAUAGUGUCUGUUUUCGUUUUAUUUAGUGUUAUUGUUUAUAAGAUACCAUUGUUUGUUGUUAUUGUGUUAAUCACACGGUUAAGUGAUUUCUCACUUACAUAGGACUAAGCGAUAGCGAUUAUGGAGCGUACACGAACUCAAUACAGCCCGAUUUCACAUCAGCAGGUGUUAGGUUGACACUACCGUCGAUUCAAAUCCACUUUGUAUGAAUUAUUUUCUGUAUAUAGCAGAUUGUAAUGAUAAUUUGGAGAAACUAUUUGUACCUAGGAUAUGUUUAUACGACAUGCAGGUCAGCUGCAAGGUGAAAAUAAGCUCCAAAAGAGAGCACUUGGCAUGCUGUUGCAAUGGCAGGAAAACAUGAUUUGUCAAAUGCUUCUGGCAUUCAAAAUGUCAUAGUUUACGUUUCCGAUGAUAAUUUCGCCCAAGCCUACUCGUUAGGACAAAAUGUCCAGGAAACCUCUCAAAUUGUACAAAGCGAUGGUUACGACAUCAUCUCAGCACCUGGUGCUCCACUGAUUAAUCCUGCAAAGCCUUAUAGGGAAAAACCAAGUGUUAAAUUGGUUGAUUAUCCCCUGAAGCAGCAGCAAGUUAAUGCCAUUCAACAGGGCGACUUCUAUACGAACGCUGUGCCCCAAAGCGGGUUUUCGCAUGGUACCGUUAACGAUGCAACCUUUCACAAUGGUACUUGCGAUAACGGCGAAGCCUUGCAGGAUGAUAAACAUACUCUUGUUGUUUGCAACCCUCUGAGACCGCGAGGUGACUGCAACAAUUGCGAUGUGUACGAGGACCAAGAUUAUGCGAAAAACGUGACGGCAGAAGUGCCCCUGCAAGGUGUCUGUUACGACAAUAUCCGAUUAGAAGCGGCGGAUUCCAGUUGUAGUAGUCUAAGUUCAUCGGAAGAUGGGGCCCACGUACUGCCGAAUCAAGCUUCUGAAAUGGUCGUGUACGAUCCUAACGUUAAUAUGCAACCAGCGAAUGUUGUAUUAACAGUCGGACCGCAACCAUCGCAACAGCAUUCUCAGAUAAUAGAAGCAUUUCCCGGGCAUCAAAGGCCUACGAUUACUAUUCCAAGCGGAUGGAAAAGGCUGCUGAAUAAUGGUUCAAUUAUUUACAUAAGCCCUACCUGUACAGCAUUAAGAUCCUCUGAACAAGUUAAGGAAUAUCUACUUUCUGCUGGUACUUGCAAGUGUGGCUUAGAAUGUCAUUUUAAGCAUGAUUCGGUUUUCAAUUUUGACCCUAAGGUCAUUGGAAAACCGUAUAACAUGCUCCAAGAUUCAAAAUCUGGUAAUAUGACAAAAUUAUGCAACCACAAGAGAAAAAUAAUACCAAUGUCUAUUCACUGUCCCCCUCCAGAUCCAGGAUUUAAAUUUCAAAGAGAUAUAAAUAUGAAAAGGAAAAGGAGACGAAUUGGUUUGCCUUACGUCGAAGGAGUACCUCAAAUAAUGAGUCAACGCGAAAAAAUAGCAUUUAAUCAAAAUUCUGAUAAAAUAAUCGCAGCUCCACAGGUAUGUCCAGACGCUGAAAAUAAUCCACACCAAGCGCAGCUAGUAAAGUAUCAGGAUCAGCAGGGUAAUAAAGUGAUCUUAAGCGAUGGAGCUGUAAUGAUCCAGCCGCCCAAUUCGAACGAUGUUUCCUAUCCAGACGUACUAAAAAACGAACCAGUGCAUCAAAUUAACAACGGCACGGGUGGAUUCAACUCUCACCCGCGCCAAAUAAUCGGCCCGAACGGUCAAAUCAUACAAGUUCGAGGAGUGCCGAGUUCGAGUCCGGGCAAUCUGUAUCACAUGCCCAACUCGCAGGGGCCCAGGAUGAUCGCUCAUAUGCCCAAAAUGGAGCAGUCCGACGAACAGAAAGUAUUCAUUAGCAGGCAGCCGGCUGAGCCGACCGGUCCUGGCAGGCCGAACAUUCAAAUUGUUCGAGUUAAUGCGCCCAAUCAACACAAAGUUGUUGAUAAUCAAAUGGAGCGAAAUCAACAGAAACGCCAUAUGCAACCAUUGCAGCCACAAUUUUGCGCCAAUACUUCGCAAUAUCAACAGGUUCAAAUGUACGGUCUUCAGAAGCACAUCAGGCCUUACAACCAAAUAAAUCCUGGUGUUAGACCUUACAGAAUGAUUUAUCAACAAAACCAAAUCGUGCAGGCGUCCGUUCAAGGUCAAAAUCAAAAGCAACAUUGGCAAAAUCAAAACUCGAAACCUAUUAUGGAACAGAAACUUUUAGAGCAGCAGCCUCAGGCCAAUAUUUGCGAAAGAGUCCCUCCAUUGUAUCAGCAUACUGCGGCUCUAAACGUGUGCCAGGACGAUAUAAAGAGGAAGAAAGUGAAAAUAGGCAAAUUUGGGAAAAAUAGACCUUGUCGAAUAAUAGACGGAUGCUCUUCGAAUCAUUUCUCAUGUCCUAACGUUGAUAUAAGGCAUAUUCCUCCUGAGCAUAGGACAGUGAUGAUGAAUAACUUUUCACAGAAUAUUAAAAGUUCUAGUCCAUCGUUUAUGGAAGAUCCCAGCGGAUAUCUUGCCCAACAAACAGCUUUAUUAAAUAGUACUAUUAACAGGCAAACUGGAGCUACCGGUUGUGUCGGGUACUCUUGCAGCAGUCCUAGCACUUUGUGUCAGCAUCCACAACAGCACAAUCAGAGUAAUCCUACUCUAAACAAUCCAUCGAAUGAAAUAUCUGUUUCGAAUAAUCUAAUUGGAAGCCAAUCUCAAAUGGAAUCUGCAAAUCCAAUGCUGAAAAUAUCUCGCAAUAACAUGGCCGGCGUUCAAAAUGAUCUUUGCACUACAGUCACGACAUUACAAAAUAACCUAAUCCAGUCGCAACCUAGCUACGACAAUAAUACUCAUGCGAAGCCUCAUCAGUACUCUGCGCAUUGCCAUUGUUGCGUUGGUGACGGUUUUCAGAUGAACUAUCCAGCUAAAAUCAAGCCGAGCCCGGUGUCGAUGAAUGUUCAGAAUCCUGUCGAAGAUCCUGUUACUUCCUCAACGAACUAUGACAAACAGUUCGGCCAUAAUGCCUCUGAAAUGCAACCGAUACAAGGAGGAACAGUCAGUACUAGCAAUAUAUCGCCUAUUGAGAGUACCUCGAAUCCGCCGACUCCCGAUCCACCUCAGAGGCUCGUCGACGGUUCUAUAACCAGCAGUGGCGUAUCUUACACUACUUACGUAAAAUCUAAUGUACCUGAGUAUAUGGGUAUGAUAAGGCAGCCGGUUUGCGGAAAACCUAACGAGAGCAUCUGCUGUUAUCAUUCUCAAGCUUCGACUUUGGUCACUACUAUGGCAAGCAGCAGAACCGUAGGCAGUAACACUAUCACGUCCGUUUUAGCCGGAAGAACGAAUACAACAACGGUUUCUUUGAAUACUCCGUCGUCGGUAUCUAACCCGAACAUCAUCACGCCUGGCCAAAAUACCGUUACAGUUCAUUCACAAGCAAUGUCAACGAACAUCACGAAAUCUCCGUUAGAAAUGGUUCAAAGCAUAGUCAGCAGUAUACAGAUACCGCAUUCAAAUGCAUCACAGAACUCUCAGAUUGUAAAAAACGAGAACUUGCCACAAGAACACAUUUUAGUAACGUCCGGAGAGUCGCUUUGCCAUUCGCAAGAGGAAAUUCAAAUGUCGCCUAAAGCUGUUAAAAACGACAGCAUGCCACCAGUAACAGUUUCUCCUAUGGUCACAAAUGUUACUUCGUCUGUAGGAACUGUAAUACCUACAGCUGUGGGACAGCCAGUGUUAGGCCAACAAACUGUGUUAGUAAACGCUGUACCCGGCCAGUUUGUUUUACAACCAGGAGUAACUAUGACAAUGGACGGAGUACCCGUUGGACAAAACUUACAACUACCGCAAUUCGUUGCUGGCAACAUCAUACAGCAGCAAAUUCAAGUUGAAAAUUCGGAUAACAGAAGAGUCCCAUCGUUGCUUUCGCCGGAUACCAACAAGAAAAGGAGCAAGAAGAGGAAGGAGUCUUCUCAAACUGUCGCCAGUAUGCUGCAGUUUGCCAAUCAGCAGAACCCCGGCGUGGUCAUUUCACCGCAAGGUUUUCCUCAACAAAUACAAAUGGCGACGAGUCCGCAGUCGGUCACGGCCACGCCUGUGAUGCAGGCCGUCACGAUUGUCCCGAAUAAAACGGGCGGCGCGGCGCAGAUCAUCAUGAACGAUCAAGCCAUGUCCAACUCGAAUAUAGGAAAUCAACAGUUGUUGGCGAAUUCGCAGUCUGCGCAACAAAUAAAUUUAUUGCAACCGGUGAAUUUGAUCAACAGCAGCGGCGUGGUGCAAAAUUUUCCAGCCAUCCAUCAGUUUAUCGUACCGAAUUUAGGUGGCAUGGUCGUAAAUCCGGAUGGCACGGCGACGAUUCUUCAAGACGCCUCUAAUUUGGGAAUGCAAUUUCAAUUUCAGAAUGUGAACGGUCAGAAUUUGCUCACUCCCGUACAGAAUAACGGCUUGUUUAACAACAGUCAAGCGAUUUUUGCUGCCGGGCCGUCCGGAAUGGUCAUAAGAGCUCCGACGACGCAAGGAAAAAUUAUUCAACAGCAACACAGCCCGGUUGCCCAGUUUUUGUCGCCUAACGGAGGGCAGUUUAUAAUGAACGGUUCCCAAUUUAGCGGACAGUUAAGUCCGCUGGUAGCCAGCGUCAGCCCCAACCAACAAGUUACCUUUAACAGCCCUCCUCAGCAAAUGAGAGCGAAUAAUUCCAUGCAACCAACACAACAGGAGUACAUUCAAAUGAACGGUCAAUUGGGUCAAACUCUAAUUGUACCGUGUACUUUAACAUCGAAUAUCCCAGUGUCGAAUCAACCUUCGAAUCAAAAUACAACGUUUCUCCAACAAAACACCACUAUCGUACAACAACAAACCACAAUGCUCACUAACCAAGGUUUACAAAAUUUCCAAAACAAUCAAAACGCACCUAACGGUUCAAAACCAGCCGGGAUUACUUCCGAUCAAAUUUAUCCCAACAAAAAUCUGGAGGAAUCCAGGGAGAGCCCUAAAUCUUCUAGUCAUUGCAGGCAGUCGGUUUCAACUCAAACGGCAGUUAAUCAAAACGUUCAGUCAGUUAUAACGAACACUUCUUGCCAGACCUCGACCAUAUCGGCCGCCAGCCCACCUGACACCACUACAUUAAGCCCAGUGCCCAUCGCCUCCGAAAUGCAGAGCCCGAUUCUGGCCGAUACCACCACCCACACGGACGACGGGUUGUCGCCAAUACCGUUGGCUUGCGCCACAUCCAGAAACGAUUUUAGCUUUAGGAACGAUUCCCAAUCGUGCACGAUGGCGAUGGUGCAUUGCAUAUCGAGCAGCGAACCGGAUCCGCAGGACGUGCCGAAUUCGGAGCACGAAUGGAAGCGGCUGCAGGUCAGCAGGAACGGAACGUUUCCGAUGAUGGGCCACAUCGACAAGAUGUCGUCGUCCCAUUUGGCCUCCGUGGAGUCUUCCACGUUGGUGACGAGCGUGCAUUACGGUUCCGACCAGGAAGCGAUUAGCAGUUCGAAGAAUUUCGAGCGAAAAAAGCCCAGUGAGUGUUGCGUCGUCGUAGACGCUCAACACGAACAAAUGUCCCUGUUUGGUGGAAACGGGAACAUUCUCAACGAAGGUGAAAUUAACGAUCCCGGUGAUGUUCAUGGAGAGGGUCAUGUCGGUCACGAUAGCGAAGGAGAAGAGGACGAGGAUUCUCACGAAGGAUAUUUGGUCGGCAGUCUACUAAUAAAUACUUGAUUCAGCUUUAUAAAUCAUCCAAAAGAACGUUUCGUAUUUAUUCAUAACAUUUAGCUCCACGUUAAACGAAUAAUGUAAUUUACUGUUUCAUGUUAGUUAUCUUCCAUUGUUUUAAUUUGAACAAAAUACUAGGAGACCAAAUUUCUCUCUAGUCGCUUUAAAUAUCAAGUACUACAAUUGUAAGAGUUUUUUGUAUCUAUAUCGUAAAAUCAAAUAGAUUUGUACAAUAACAUUAGGAAUAAUGUAUAAAACGCUAGGUAAGUAAUAUACAGUCGUUUAGUUA